AUGGCUGCAUCGAAUAAUAAAUCAAGUAAUACAAAAGAAGAUUUGAAAAAAGAAUUUCGUUUAUUUGAUAAAAACAAUGAUGGAUUUAUUGAUAAAGAUGAAUUAAAAUUAGUUUUAAAAAAAAUUUUACCUAAAUUUAAUUUACCGGAUGAUGAAGUUAAACGAAUGAUCUCAAAUGUUGAUAAGAAUAAUGAUGGAAAAAUUGAUUAUAAUGAAUUUAUGGAAUCGAUUUAUCCACAAUUACAAUCAAUGCAAUAA